GGCCAGCGGGGUACCUGCGGCGGGCCAGCGUGUCCCAACUGACCCAGGAGCUGGGCGCCGCCUUUUUCCAGCGGCAGCAGCUGUCGGCGGCCAUGGCAGACACGUUCCUGGAGCACCUCUGCCUGCUGGACAUCGACUCGGAGCCCGUGGCCGCCCGCAGCACCAGCAUCAUCGCCACCAUCGGGCCGGCUUCUCGCUCCGUGGAGCGCCUCAAGGAAAUGAUCAAGGCGGGGAUGAACAUAGCUCGGCUCAACUUCUCCCACGGCUCCCACCAGUACCACGCCGAGUCCAUCGCCAACGUCCGGGAGGCGGUGGAGAGCUUUGCAACCUCCCCGAUCAGCUACCGGCCUGUGGCCAUCGCUCUGGACACCAAGGGCCCGGAGAUCCGCACCGGGAUCCUCCGGGGGGGCCCGGAGGCGGAGGUGGAGCUGGUGAAGGGCUCCCGGGUGCUGGUGACGGUGGACCCGGCGUUCCGGACGCGAGGGGACGCGGACACCGUGUGGGUGGACUACCCCAAUAUCGUCCGGGUCGUGCCGGUGGGGGGCCGCAUCUACAUCGACGACGGGCUCAUCUCCCUCGUGGUCCAGAACAUCGGCCCAGAAGGGCUGGUGACGGAGGUGGAGAAUGGCGGUGUGCUGGGCAGCAGGAAGGGGGUGAACCUGCCUGGUGCCCAGGUGGACCUGCCCGGGCUGUCUGAGCAAGAUGCCCAGGACCUGGCCUUCGGGGUGCAACACGGCGUGGACAUCAUCUUUGCCUCCUUUGUGCGGAAGGCCAGCGACGUGCUGGCUGUCCGGGCUGCCCUGGGGCCGGAAGGGCAGGGCAUCAAGAUCAUCAGCAAAAUUGAAAACCACGAAGGCGUGUUGAAGUUUGAUGAGAUCCUCGAGGUGAGCGACGGCAUCAUGGUGGCCCGUGGAGACCUGGGCAUCGAGAUCCCGGCUGAGAAGGUUUUCCUGGCUCAGAAGAUGAUGAUCGGGCGCUGUAACUUGGCGGGCAAGCCUGUCGUCUGUGCCACCCAGAUGCUGGAGAGCAUGAUCUCGAAGCCCAGGCCGACUCGGGCCGAGACGAGCGACGUGGCCAACGCCGUGCUGGAUGGAGCAGACUGCAUCAUGCUGUCGGGGGAAACGGCCAAGGGCCGUUUCCCAGUGGAGGCCGUGAAGAUGCAGCACGCGAUUGCCCGUGAGGCAGAGGCUGCCGUCUACCACCGGCAGCUGUUUGAGGAGCUGCGCCGGGCGGCACCACUGAGCCGUGACCUCACUGAGGUCACCGCCAUCGGGGCCGUGGAGGCCGCCUUCAAGUGUUGUGCUGCUGCCAUCAUUGUGCUGACCAAGACUGGCCGCUCUGCCCAGCUUCUCUCUCGGUACCGACCUCGGGCUGCGGUCAUUGCAGUCACCCGCUCAGCCCAGGCCGCCCGCCAGGCCCACCUGUGCCGAGGAGUCUUCCCCUUGCUCUACCGUGAGGAUCCAGUGGCCGUCUGGGCAGACGAUGUGGAUCGCCGGGUCCAGUUUGGCAUUGAAAGUGGAAAGCUCCGCGGCUUCCUCCGUGUUGGGGACCUGGUGAUUGUGGUGACAGGCUGGCGGCCUGGUGCUGGCUACACCAACAUCAUGCGGGUGCUGAGCGUAUCCUGAGAUGCCCCCAGCUUUGACCCGGACCACCCUGCACCCACCCCUUCCUCCCAGCAUCCUCUUCCAGACACCCCUCUUACAGCCGGCCCCUCUAUUCAAACCUCCCACAGUUCCCAGCCUGGGCCUCAUCUGCCAUGCCUCCCUAGUCCAAGGGGGCCCUCCCCCUCUCGGUGUCACACAGGCCAGUGAAGCACUGCCCACUCGGCAGUGCCAGUUGUAUUAUGUUCCCUGCAUCCAGUCCUCUCAUCAGGGCCCUAAGACACGCUGAGCCUUUAAUCCCAGCAUAGCAGCUUAAUUCCAUCCCCGUCCGCCCAUCCCUGGGGGUAGGGGAAGCGGAGCCAGGGCAAUUUUGUCCUCUUUCCACAAAAUCGCUAUCGUAAAAACACUUGGUGUCCA